CCAUCACCACCAUCACCACCACCAUCAUCACCAUCACCACCAUCACCACCAUCACCACCAUCACCACCAUCACCCCCAUCAUCACCAUCAUCACCACCAUCAUCACCAUCACCACCACCAUCACCACCAUCACCACCAUCACCACCAUCACCACCAUCAUCACCAUCACUAUCACCAUCAUCACCAUCAUCACCAUCACCACCAUCACCACCACCAUCAUCACCAUCACCACCAUCACCACCAUCACCACCAUCACCACCAUCACCCCCAUCAUCACCAUCAUCACCACCAUCAUCACCAUCACCACCACCAUCAUCAUCACCAUCACCACCAUCAUCACCAUCACUAUCACCAUCAUCAUCACCAUCACCACCACCAUCACCACCAUCAUCACCAUCACCAUCACCACCACCAUCAUCACCAUCACUAUCACCAUCAUCAUCACCAUCACCACCACCACCAUCACCACCAUCAUCACCAUCACUAUCACCAUCACCACCAUCAUCACCAUCACCACCAUCACCACCAUCAUCACCAUCAUCACCACCACCACCAUCACCACCACCAUCACCACCACCAUCACCACCACCACCACCAUCACCACCAUCACCACCACCACCACCAUCACCACCAUCAUCACCAUCACUAUCACCAUCACCACCAUCACCACCACCACCACCACCACCACCACCAUCACCAUCACCACCACCACCACCAUCACCACCAUCAUCACCAUCACUAUCACCAUCACCACCAUCAUCACCAUCACCACCACCACCACCAUCACCACCAUCAUCACCAUCACUAUCACCAUCACCACCAUCACCACCACCACCACCACCACCACCACCAUCACCAUCACCACCAUCACCACCACCACCACCACUACCACCACCAUCACCACCAUCACCACCACCACCACCACUACCACCACCACCAUCACCACCAUCACCACCAUCAUCACCAUCACCACCAUCACCACCAUCACUAUCACCAUCACCACCAUCAUCACCAUCACCACCACCACCACCAUCACCACCAUCACCACCAUCACCACAACCACCACCACCAUCACCACCACCAUCAUCACCACCACCACCAUCACCACCACCACCAUCACCACCAUCACCACCAUCAUCACCAUCACCACCACCAUCAUCACCACCACCACCAUCACCACCACCACCACCAUCACCACCAUCACCACCAUCACCACCAUCAUCACCAUCACUAUCACCACCACCACCACCACCACCACCAUCACCACCAUCACCACCAUCAUCACCAUCACUAUCACCAUCACCACCACCAUCAUCACCAUCACCACCAUCACCACCAUCAUCAUCACCAUCACCACCACCACCACCAUCACCACCAGCACCACCAUCAUCAUCAUCAUUACUGUCACCAUCCUCCUCAUCAUCACCACCUUCCUUAUCACAGCCUCCCUUUUCUUCUUGCUAAUCCAUCCAUAUCACUUCUGUAUUAUCCUCAUUUUCCUCUUCCUUCUUCUUCCCCCACCUCUCUCUUUUUCAUUAGAAAUUGAAUGGCCAGGACAGUGCUCCCUGGCAUCAUAGACAGUUGUAGAUCUUGGUAAAUAAAGAAGUAUAAUCACGCCUACCAUUUUUCAAAGCUCUUCCAUUCUUAAUUCCAAAUCAUCUGUCCCAUCAAUGGAACAUCCCAAUUUUUGCCUCGGAAUGUGCUUCCUCCACUUGUGCUAGAAAGGCCAACCAUGUCCUUUGCUUGCCAUUGCAAGGCAAGCCCCCACUCCCUGACCACGGCUUAUGGUCAGAAACGGUGCCUGACUCAAGCUGACCCUAGCUGAGUCUCACCAGGAAUCUGGAUCUAUAGAGUCCAGUUUACUGACGGUCAGGAACUGAGAGCAAAGGAAAGAGCUGAGUGUGCAGACUGUGGAGAGCAGACACAGAGAGCAGUCAGGCGAGAGCAGAGACGGGGGGCCCAGGACAAGGGAGACACUUGGGUUCUGACUUUUCAGCCCUUGGCUUCUGUCUAGAGCCUGCUUUCACCUCUACCCCCAAGGCUGGAGAGAUCUCUACUCUACCCCCAAGGCUGGAGAGGUCUCUACUCUACCCCCAAGGUUGAAGAGGUCUCUACUCUACCCCCAAGGUUGGGGAGGUCUCUACCCCCAAGGUUGGGGAGGUCUCUACUCUACCCCCAGGGUUGGAGAGGUCUCUAUGUCUUCAACAACUGCCAUGUUCCCAUCCGUGCUGGCCUAUUCGUUGCAUACUAUUUCUCUCUAAGUGGAUCUCCCCUCACCUCCUUUCUUUUUUUAAAAACUUGGAUGGAUUUAUCUUCAAAGAAAACUUUACAUUAGUAAUCUAAAUAGAAAAUCAGUGGCAUGUGAUACUCUCAGAAGGAGACUGUAAAAAUUAAUACAGCAAGUAAGAAAUAAGAAAAGAUACGUUUAUAUCUAUUAAGUUGAAAUUAAGUAGUGAGCUAUACGUAAAAAAAACAAGCCUAAUUAAUUUACAAAGUGUUUCAGAAACUCAAAUUAGAAUCACAAUGAUAUACCACUAAGGCACACUACAUUGGCUAAACUUUUAAAGGCUGAUAACACCAAGUGUUGGUGCGGACAGGAAGCAGCUGGAAUCCUCGCCCUCUGUUGGGGGUGGGGGAGGGGGCUGCAAAGUGACCUGACCACUUUGGAGAACAGAAUUCUAAAAAUGAAAUAUACGCCUAGGCUAGCCCCCGGGAAAUUCACUCCUAGGCAUAUGCCCAGGGGAGAUGGGUGUCUGACAGAAGACACACAUACAACAGUGCUCAGACCAGCUCCGCUCAAGACAACCCCCCGGGCUGGAAGCUCGGAUUCUAUCCACAGGAGAAGAGGGAAAGGAACUGUAGUAUAUUCGUGCAAUGGAAUCCUAUACAGCACUGCAAAGAACAAAGUGCUGUUACCCAGAGCCCAUCAGAGGAAUCCGAGAUAUAAUGUUGAACCAGAGAAGCAAGACACAAAUGUAUGAGUCCACGGAUAUGAGGUCCAAGGACAAGAACUAAUCUAUGGUGAUGUAAGUCAGCAUAGCUGUUCCCUGGCGGGGGCAGGGG